CUCCCAGGCCCCGAGACAACUUCCGCAGCUCCCCAGCUGUCCAUUAUGUCGCUCUGAAGACGCAACCCACCCCAGCGUCAUUUAGGAGCUUUGACGAAAUGGAGGUCCUCGUAGACACGCGCUAUGAGUUUGACGCUCCCCAACACUACGAUUUUGAGGCUGAGAACACGGAUUCGCAGGGCAGCUCCUGGUUUGCAGCACAGGAAGAAGCGGUCCUGGCCGAGGAGGAAGCCGAAAAUGCAGCGACCAGUGCUCCUCGGAUGCCUCUGAAGGAAAAGAAUGUGGCAGUUGAGGCGGGGCCAUCUAAGGCAGCCGAGGUGAAGACCACCAAUAAGCAGCCAGCUGCGGUGGGGGUGGCUGUCAGUCAGAAGAAGCGCAAAGCCAAGGAAGGUGGCUCUGAGAAGGGCCAUGUGGCGAAAGCAGCGAAGGGCAACGAAACUGUGGCGAAAGCAGCAGCAGUAUCAGCACCUGUGGUGCCAAAGACACGGGCACAGCAUGCAGCGGCGGCGGCAGGAUCAGGUGGCCGCGGCAAGGCAGCCAAGGAGUUGAAGCCCGUGAAGGUGGCCAUGAAGCUCAAGGCCAAGCCCAAGGCGGCACAGCUGCUGGUGGCGAAGGCUAAGGCCGUGGCUAAAGCAAAGAGUAGCAAGGCUGCGGGCGCUAGCGGCGAGGGCGCCGAUGCCUGUCAGCUGGCACCCAAGGGCACCGCCGCUGGUGGUGGGCCCAAGGCCGGCCGCGCGCUGGCUAAGAUGCUGCAGCCCAAGCGCGUCAUGCCGCUGCGCUCCACCAAGCAGCUCACCGUGCCGCAGGAUGUGGAGCUGGCGACCACCAAGCGGGCCGCGGUGCACGGCGGAAAGCAGGUCGAGCAGCAGCACAGGCAACGGGAUGAUGAUGAUGAUGGUGACGAGGCCGAUCCGGAUGGCUCGGGCGCCGAUGAUGGCUCGCCCUACAAGCCGCUGGUGCUGCGCGUCAAGGAGUUUGACAAGACGCCGGGCCGCUUCAAGCGCAAGCCCGACCAGCCCGCGCCGUCCAAGCCGCUGUCCAUCACCGAGGCGAAGGAGCCCACGCUGCUGACCAACGCGCGCUCGCGGGCUCCUGCAUUCAAGCCGCGUGAGGUGGCGGAGGCAGAGGAGAUGGCGGCCAUGCCCCAAUUCCGGGCCAGCACCCUCAACCCACUGGUACUGCACAGCUCUGGGCUCAUUGGUGUGCCCAAGGUGGAGAAGCGCGAGCUUACGCUGCCUCAGCCCUUCCACUUCGUCAGCGACGACCGCGCCGAGGUGCGACAGCAGCGGCAGCAGCAGGAGGAGCAGGUGGGCGGGGCGGCCGGGCCCUCGGGCUCGCGGCCUGAGGACAAGGUGGAGCGGGACCUGCCCAAGCGCGCCCGCAAGAGCGUGGCGUACAACCCGGAGCUUGUAGUACCGCGGUCGCCCAUGCUGCGGACAAAGAUGCGUGCUCGCGAGAGCAAAAUUCCGGAGGAGCCGCAACAUGAGUUCCGGGCGCGGCCAGUGCCGAAGUUCCUCAGCGUGCCCGGGGUGGACCUGCCGGUCGGCCACCACGGCGAGGCCCCCGCGCCCACGGUGCCGGAGCCAUUCCGCCUGGCCACCGAGCAGCGCGGCACGGCGCACCGCAACGCCAUGGCUGCCCGGCUGACAGCCGAGGAGGAAGCGGCCAAGCGGGCGCGGGUGCCGCGCGCGCUGGGCCUGCCGCUGUCCACGGACAUGCCGCUUGUGCCGCCGCGCCCCGAGCCCAAGUCCCUCACAGUGCCCGAGCCCUUUGGACUGGCCAGCGACGCCCGGCACGAGGAUUACGAGGAGAAGAGGCGGCGUGCGCUGCAGGAGGAGGAGGCGGCGCGGCGGGCGGAGGCGGAGUUCAAGGCGCGGCCGAUGUGGAAGGGUGCGCCGUUCCGCGUGCACGACUCGGGCGCCGUGCUGACGGUGCCGGAGGAGGUGCACUUGGCCACUUCGGCGCGCGCGGUGGAGCGCGAGGUGUUCAACCGCACCGUGGAGGAGAAGUGGAAGGAGACCGAGGUGGCCCAACAGCUGGCGGCGCAGGAGGCGCGUAUGCGCGAUGAGGAGGAGCGGCGGCAGCUGCGCAAGGCGGCGGUGUUUCACGCGCGGCCCAUGCCGGACCUGUCGGCGCCGGCCCCCACCAAGCCGCCGCCCGCCAAGCCGCUCACCAAGCCCGUAUCACCGCGCCUGGGCCGCAACAAGCGCCGGGCCGGCGGCCCCGCUGGGGAGGAGAGGGACGACCACACCGAGAAGUAGCGCAGCGUGCAAACGUGUGCAGUGGGUUGUCAUGUCCACGGCCGACAGAGUGAGGUUGUGAGCAUGUAGCGCAAAGCUGCAACGUAACCAAACAGCGCCAUAGCGCGGCGGGAACGUGUAGGGGGGUGGGGUGGAUUGAGUUCGGGGGUUCUGAAGUUACUGAUUUACGAAGGCGGAAUGGGACUGGGCGGUAUUACGGUACACUGUCGAUCCGUUCUCCUGUCCGUGAUGUUUGGACUUCCUCCCAAACGGGCAUCAUGCCAUGCCGUCCCUGGUGCAAAUGGAAGGCGCUAGGGUGUCCUCACGCGCAAGCACUGCACCCCUAGAGGCCCAGACGUCCAUCAGACUUUGACUUGUAGACCACGCUUGCACCCAUGGCUGCAGCUUGGUGAGCAAUGCUUGCAAGGCACGGCUAAUGCUGCGCAGCCGCCUCUUUCCCGCGGUCCUCGUCUUUGCAAUCCAGUAGUGGCACCGGGGCAGCAAGGACUGGCGGGCACAGACACGCGUGCAACAUCGGUGCGACGGUGCCGAGGCACACUGGAUCUAG